UGUCUAUAUUUCGUAUUAAUGAUUAUUUUUCAAUAAACUAUCACGUUUGUAUAUUUUUAUAAAGCUGACAAGGAAGACAAAAUAAAUGCGAGACGUUAACUAGUAGUACAGUAGAAGAAUGUUAAUAUGAUACGCUCAAUUCACGCGAGAGGUAAAAGGUUAAGGGCGAAUAACUGAACUAGAAACUUUUAAAUAAAAUUAAGCAAGGUUCAAACUAUAUUACAAAAUAUUUGAAAAUGACUUCCGAGAUGGAUUGGACUACAGAAACCUACCGACUAGACGAAGUUGAAGGAAAAUUUGACUUUCCAUGUGUUAUACGUGUGAAUGAAGGAUUCUAUUCAGCUACAGAUGCUGAGGGAUUCUCUCAAGGUGAUAUUUUAUCUAUUGAUUCCAAAAUGGUGUUGCAUAAAGUUGCAGCAAAUUUUACAGACUGUGCUGAUUUGAAUACCAAAGGCAGUUUAGAUGAGGACUAUAUUGAGCUUAAAAAUGAAAUUCUUGUGCCGUUGAAUUACAAGGGUAAACUGAAAGUUAUAAGGACCGCUAAGUACUAUGACAAUGUAAAAGAUUUAACUGCAGACUUUCCAAGAUAUGCAACGGUAAGAAAACAAUUGGAUGUAACGACUGAGGAAGAUAAAAUAAUUACAAUUAAAUCAGGAACCACCAUAGAACUGGAUAGAAUUAUUCCAGGACCAAUUGUUGGUUCAAAAAGACAACCAGGUAAAUUGGUGGUUCGGUUUCAACAUUCCAGUGGACCUUUGAAUGUGGCAUUGUCAAUGCAUGCAAAUGGAAAAUUCAUAACAGAGCCAGAUAAUAAUGAAUAUACAAUAAAAGAAGCUUUGGACAGGUAUAGUCUGCCGCAGCAUGUACGUUUUGUGGAUGAUAAACUCAAACGUGUUUAUACGCAGGAUCUGCUUGAGGGAAUCGAAAAUAUGAACAUUAUUACAGAAACAUUACGAUUGAAUCGCCUUGUCACACAGACAGUUCUGGUUGGACAUUAUAAGCCAUUAGAUGGCAAUGUAUCGAAUGAUACUGAGAGAUUCCGGCAGAGAACUCUGGCAGUAUUACCUAUGAACAAGCCUGAGAUUUGCGAAAUAGAGGUGAAUGUUUCGAAGUGUGUAACCGAUGAUAUUUACGAACAAGUCUUCCUCGUCAGAAACGUUUCUCAUUCUAACACUGAGGAAAUAGUAGAUGGAUCACUGUAUGUAGAUUUUGCAAUGACACCAGGAAUUAAACUGAUUUCCCAAGAAGAAGAUGUAAAUUAUGACGACACACCUCCACCUCGGCCUCCUAAACCAUCAAAUAUAGCACCGGAAAUUGGACCAAAGCCAGUUUCGAGAGUGAAACAGAAAAAGAAAGCACUGUCUCUGGAUUCAAGUAACAUGGUUGUUAAGAAGGACAUUAAAGAUGAUGAUGAUGAUGAAGAUAGUGAAGGAGAUUAUAUAUUCCCUAAGGCUAGAGCAGUUUCAGAGAGUGAUAAUAUCUCCGGGUUCAAUUUGGCUGAUUUGGACUUCAAGGGUAGUGAAACUGCGACUAACUCCUCGACUUUGAGAAAGAAAAUCUACAAAAAGGUUGCCACAAAUAUAUCAAAUUUAAAAAGUUCAUUCAAAAAUUUAACUACUUCGAGGGACAAACGAGAAUCAAUUGACUGUAAAACAAAACUUGAGAGUAGUGCACAGUUUAUUCCUGAGGACUCUAAUGCUGGUCAGGAAUCAGACAAUUUGUAUUCAGACAUUAAUGAAGAUACAAUGUUGGAAGCUUGCAGUCAACAAUCUCCAGUAUCAAAAACAUUGGACGGUGGAAAAUAUGAUGAUACUUAUCUUGGAGCGAUCAAAUAUAAAGAGGAGUCCGAUAAACCAAUGGCCCUUGUGCAACCUGUUAGAUCACACCAUAAAGGAAAGGUUAAAGCUUUUAAAGACUUAAACAACACAGAAUUGGUGGACAGACUUCGUCAGUGUGGACUUAAAGAAAUGUCAGAUUUUUGUCAUAGAGAGAUGCUUAACGGUUCGUUUUUUAAUGAUAUAUCUACAGAAACAUUGCAGAAAGAUCUGAAGUUAAAGGGGAUCCAGUUGACAAAAUUUGUACAGAUGAGGGAUGCAAACUGGGUUCCCAGAUAAAAUAGAUUAUUCUGAAAUCAAACUAUACAAAAAACGAUGCCAUUUAUAUCAUAUUGUUAAUGUUUAUAAAACAUCUCCUAAUAUAUAUUAGACAGCUGUGAACCCCGCCCAAUAGAAAUCAAACCAAAUCUGA